AUGUCUGCUCCAAUCAACAAGGAAAAGGUUCAACAAGAAAGAGAGGAAUUCCACAAGAUCAGAAUUACCUUGACUUCCACCAAGGUUAAGCAAUUGGAAAAGGUCUCUGCUAACAUUGUCAACAGCUCUGUUCAAUAUGACAUUGCUAAGAAGGGUCCCGUUAGAAUGCCAACCAAGGUCUUGAAGAUCGCCACCAGAAAGACCCCUAAUGGUGAAGGUUCUAAGACUUGGGAUACUUAUGAAAUGAGAAUUCACAAGAGAUACAUUGACUUGCAAGCUCCUGCUUCUAUUGUCAAGAAGAUCACCCAAAUCACCAUCGAACCUGGUGUGGAUGUUGAAGUCACCAUUGCUGCUUAA